AUGGCACUCUCACUUUCUACCCAACGGCACCUCGUGAGAAUCGAGGUCCAUGCCGAUACACUCUGCCCGUGGUCCUAUCUCGUGAAGAAGAGCCUUGAUAAAGCUAUCCAAGGGUUCAUCAGGAGAUUUCCUAGCGUAGAAUUUGAGGUUCUCUGGAGACCCUUCUAUCUCUAUCCUCGGCUCGCUCGUGGCACCAACAAGUUAUCCUUAUACCACAAGGAAGUCGACUCCCAUCUCCUCACAGACAUGAUCCAAGCCGCAGGGCUGAAACACGGCGUCCACUUCCGCCUCGACGGCACGACCGGCCCAUCUCGGAGCUCCCACAAGCUCAUCGCCCUCGCCCUCCAGCAGCGCGGCCCGCAAAUCCAGUCCGAGGUCGUGGAGAGGCUCUUCAGGGGCUACUUCGAGGAAGGCGAGGACAUCUCCGACGAGGACUGGCUCGUCCAGGUGGGCAAGGGGUGCGGCCUGGCGGCCAACGACGUCCUAGUCGCCCUGAGGAGCAAGGCGGCGAGCUCCAGCAUCGACGAGGAGGCACGCGGGGCCGGCACGGAGAGGGAGGUCAAGGCCGUGCCGUCCGUGACGAUCCAGGGGCGGGUGCGGAUAUUCGGGUACCAGGGCGUGGAGGUCUUUGACGACGCCUUUGAGAAGCUCCGGUUAUCGGAUUAUGCUUGA